GGGGGAGCACGCCGUCGAGGAGUGGCAAAUCCGCAGCGAGAUGCAGUAACACGACUCGGAGGAACAGCAAUAGCAACAAAAGCAGUUCCCUUUCGGAGCCCACUGCGCCCCCAGCGCCAAGCCAUGAGGCACAGGGAGGAAAGCAGCAGCACGCUGCCACCGCCGUCGCCGCGCUGCCGACUCCAGAAGACGAUAUGGCCGACGCCGUGAAAGGGGGCACGAAGACUCCAUUGUUCAACGAAGUGAUCAACGAAGAAGAAUGCGGCCAGAGCGAUUGGGAACUCUCCACAUACACGAACAUCAUGGAUGUGUGGAGUGACCCCCACGACGAGAACCAUAAUACGCCAGUGUCAUUCGGGUCCGAGUAAGUCGCAGUGCAGCCUGUCGUUGCUUGUGAUCCGCGCUGGGAUAGGGGCUGACCCGAUAUUGUGCAGCAUGCGAUGCACUUUCGGAGUGAAUACACCGACGAGUAUGCUCCCUGCACGCGAGGUGAUGAAUGAGGAGCCGAGCGAAAGGAGAGACGGCUGCGAGUGCCUGAACGUUUCCGCAUGUAUGCUGAACCGGCUGUGUGCACACAUUGUCGCCCAGGACGCGGGCUCCUUCGACGAGCACGUCGUCCUAUAUCGCUCAGUGGCGAGAGAACUGUCGCACGACGCGGCCCGAGGUGAUGGCGGUGAUCGCGACCGUCACGCAGCACAUGUGCGUGCUGUGCGAGAAGAUGCUGGAUCGCCUGCUGGGCAUCAACGGCUGCGCGGGCUUCGAGCUGCGCUUCGGGGCGGUAUGCGUCGACGACGGGGUGGAGCGGGCGUUCCUGUGCCACGCCAUGGUGAGCGUUCAGGUGAACUCUUUUGGCGGCCUGCUGGCCCGCCUGAAACGAGCGGCGGCGGCGGCGUCGAUGGCGGCGACGUCAACCAUGUUCCACAAUCAGGAGACGAAGCUGGCGGCGUCGAAAGUGACGCUGGCGAGGUAUAUAG